AUGGUGGACUAUUUUCUGCAGGCCCUAGAACCUAGUUAUUACGGCCAUAUGGUAUCAGCUAUAGGCAAGUCCUUCAAUGAAGUAGUGAAGAUGGGCAGUAUGGUGGAAGAAGGGCUCAAGUCAAACAAAAUCAUGAGCUAUUCGGCUAUUAAGGCAACUACCCAGGCCAUUCAGAGCGGAACUGGGGAAGUAAUCGAAAAGAAGAAGAAAGAGGAUGUGGCAACGAUUGAUUCAGGAGCUUGGCUAAGACAAUUGGAUAUGCUAAGGCCGAUCGAGUCAAAAUUGCCAAAUCCUCCCCGGAGAAAUCUUGAUUAUUCUAUAAGCUGCGAAUAUUGUUCUGGUGCUUCGGGACAUGACACGGAGAAAUGCUGGCAUUUGAAAAAUGCUAUCCAAGAGUUCAUUGAUACAAAUCGGAUUGAAGUCCAAGCUCCGGAGGCACCCAACAUCAACCAGAACCCGCUGCCAACCCAUCAAGAGACAAACAUGAUCGAGAUAGUGCAUAAAGAAGGGGAGACCAAAAAGCCUUCGCACCCCGUCAUGAUGAUCCGGUACAGUGAGGUUAAACCGGUUAAAAAAUCAACAAGUGAGAGAUCAAUGAUCAAGUUGAGCGGGACAAACAAUGAACCAUCUGCGGUAGUCAAGAAGGGGUCCUCAAGUGAUGUUGCAGCGAAACAAGAGAGGGCAAAAGUGGUUGUGCCAGGAGUGGCGAACAAGCCUGUCGUAAUUGUAGAGGGUGCCCGAAAAGAUCCUGUCAUUAUCAAGCCUGUAACCCAGUUACUGAUAGUCAACAGCAAGGCUAUCCCUUGGAAUUAUGAACGGGUGACAAUGACUUACAAAGGAAAAGAAGUUAAAGAAGAAGUCUAUGAGACCCAUGGAUUGACUCGUUCGGGGAGAUGCUUUGCCCCCGAGGAGUCAAGAAAAGCUAAAACCUCCAAAGAUAACCCAGUGCUAGUGAAGAAAACGGUAACUGAAGAAGAGGCAGAAGAGUUUUUGAGAAAGAUGAAGGUGCAAGACUAUUCCAUUGUGGAGCAGUUGAGAAAGACGCCUGCUCAGAUUUCACUGUUGUCAAUGUUAAUCCACUCAGACGAUCAUCGUCGGGCCUUGAUGAAAAUCCUAAACGAGGCUCACGUUCCCGACAAAAUCUCAGUGAACCAUUUGGAAAAUAUAGCCAACAAGAUAUUUGAGGGUACUGGGCACAAUAGAGCCCUCUAUCUUACGGUGAAAUGCGAAGAUUCUGUGGUUACCCGGGUAUUGGUCAAUAAUGGUUCCAGUGCAAACAUUUGCCCUCUCUCUACUCUGAACAAGUUGAAAGUGGAUGAUGAAAGGAUUCACAAGAACAGUAUCUGUGUUCGGGGGUUUGAUGGUGGAGGGAAAGAUUCAGUCGGUCGACCUUGGAUUCAUGUCGCCAAAGUAGUCCCGUCUACUCUGCACCAGAUGGUCAAGUUUGAAUGGGAUAGACAGGAAAUCGUUGUGCACGGCGAGGAUAAUUUGUGUGCUCCCAGUGAUGCCAUUGUUUCGUUCAUUGAGGUUGAAGACGACAAGGGGCCUUGGGUCUACCAGGUUUUUGACACAGUGUCGGUCUAG